UAGUGUGGAUAAUAGUGACUAUAUGAGAAAUGGUGAUUUUUUACCCACUCGUCUUCAAGCUCAGCAAGAUGCUGUAAGUUUGAUCUGCCAUUCAAAAAUAAGGUCAAAUCCAGAAAAUAAUGUUGGAUUGCUUACAUUAGCAAAACCUGAAGUUCUUGCAACUUUAACUACAGAUGUGGGAAGAAUCUUGUCAAAACUCCACCAGGUUCAACCUAAAGGAUAUAUAAACCUUUGCACUGGAAUUCGGGUUGCACAUUUGGCACUGAAACAUCGACAAGGGAAACAUCAUAAGAUGAGAAUUGUAAUUUUUGUUGGAAGUCCUAUUGAAGAUGAUGAUAAAGAGAUUAUAAAACUUGCAAAAAAAUUCAAGAAAGAGAAAGUCUGUGUUGAUAUUGUCAAUUUUGGAGAAGAUGCUGUAAACACUGACAAGUUAACAUUGUUCAUAAAUACACUUAAUGGCAAGGAUGGUAGUGGAUCUCAUCUUGUUACUGUGCCACCAGGACCACACCUUUCAGAUGCUUUAGUGAGUUCUCCUGUUGUUCAAGGAGAAGAUGGUAGUGGUGCAGUUGGUAUAGGUGGUAUGGGUUUUGAAUUUGGAGUUGAUCCUAAUGAAGAUCCUGAAUUGGCCUUGGCUCUUAGAGUAUCUAUGGAAGAACAAAGACAACGACAAGAAGAAGAAGCCAGAAGAACAGUUUCUGCAACAAGCAAUGAAUCCGCUGCAACUUGUGGUACAAAUGGUAGCAAUGAGGAAGCUAUGCUCGAACAAGCUGUUGCAAUGUCUUUGGCUACUGAUACCACUCCGGCUGCAAGUGCUCCAUCAGUUCCAGAUUUUGCUUCUAUGACAGAAGAAGAGCAAAUUGCUUAUGCAAUGCAGAUGUCUUUGCAACAAUCUCAUGAUGGUUCAGAUGAGGAAAGUGGUACUCCUAUGGAAACGGAUGAUAAAGAUCAAACUAAGCCAGAAGAAGAGGAAGAUUUACGAGAAGUAAUGGAUGAUCCAGAGUUUUUACAAAGUGUUCUACGAAACUUGCCUGGUGUUGAUCCUCAGAGUGAAGUAGUACGUAAUGCUGUAGGAAAUUUGGACAGUAGUAAUAAAGAUAAGAAAACAACUUCCAAGAAAGACGAUAAAACAAAAAAAUAAGUUUUAUGAGCAUAGUUCAUGUGAAUUAUUUAAUACCAGAAAAACAGUUAAAAAGUUAAAAACUUCAUAACAAGUUUUUCUCUCAUAUAUAUCUUUUUAGUUAAAAAAAAAAAAAAAAAAAAAAGAGAUGAGGGUCAAAAUAGCAUUUUGCUUUAAAUAUGUUGCUUUUCAUUUCUAAAGUUAUUUUUUUCUGUUAUUCAUAUUUUUGAAAAUGAUAAUAGUUAAAAUUGUAGCUAUUUUAAGUUAACACUUUUACCUGUUACUUAACAAAUAUCCAUAUGUGUACAACUGUCGAUGAAGAGUGAUAUUUUUUAAAAUAAAAUCCUAUCAUUUAUCUA